GUUGGUUUUCAUAAACAAUAAACAAUUAAGCAUAAUUUUCCUUUAUCUUCGGAUGGUUAACAAACACGCAGUUUAUCUACGCAAACAAUUUGUUUAGUGAAGUCGCUGUGAAUUUCGAUCAGCUCGAAAAUGUUCCGUUUGACCGUGUUCCAUUCGAAAAUGAAAUGAAAUUAUGGUUAAUAGUUUAUAAUUAAUGUAGUGCCAUUGUUGCGAGAAUUGAGAGAUGAACACCAGCAGGGAGUCGAGUGGUUAUCAAACCAUCGGUUCGAAUGAUGUACAAGAAUUUUAUAACGAAGCGCAAGAUCAGGUUUUAUUCGAAAUACGAGGACUAAAGAAGAGCCGUUUUAGGAGUUUCUUGUACCACGUUUUCGGUAUACUAUUUUUAGGAUUCCCUUAUGUAAUUUUCAACUAUUAUCCGAAACUGAAGAAAGUUAAAUUCAAGCCCGUGACCUUACAAUCUGCCACCGAACUUUUAGUUAGCAAUAAAUAUGGAAGGAACGAGUUCAUUAGCAUAGACAAUAUGAAACUAACACUGCCAGAAAUCGCCUCAGAUAAUUUUAGAUAUUUUUUGUACCAACACAACAAGUACGUAUGGGAUUGUAACAAAGGUGCUUUCGUUACUUUAGAUGCCUUAAUUCCUUUUCAAACGGCCGAUCAGUAUUUAAAUAACUUAAACGGACUGUCAGACGAGGAAUACAAAUUCAGGCUAACUUUGUACGGUUUAAAUAAAAUCGAAGUAGAAGUAAAAUCGUAUUGGAUAUUAUUCGUGCAGGAAGUUUUGAAUCCUUUCUACGCCUUUCAAGCCUUCUCCGUAGGAUUGUGGUUAAUCGACGAUUACAUUUCAUACGCCGUUUGCGUUAUUAUUUUAACGUUGUUUUCCAGCAUAACAUCGCUCAUACAAACUCGCAGGCAAAGCGAGGCCCUCCACGAUUUGGUGGAAUCGUCCAAAUGCCACGAAGUAACGGUAGUGAGAAAAGACGGAGAGACAGAUGCGAAGAGAAUCAUAGAUCCCACGGAACUCGUCCCCGGCGAUCUCAUCUCGUUGCCCUCCGCUAAUUACAUAAUGCCUUGCGAUGCCAUUCUUCUCACCGGGCAAUGCAUCGUCAACGAAAGCGUUCUAACAGGCGAAAGCGUACCGAUCACGAAGUCGGCGUUGCACGCGGGCCCGGACGCCUACGAUCCGGACGUGCACAAGCGCAACACGCUCUUCUCGGGCACGCACGUCAUCCAGACGCGUUACUACGGGGGCGAGCCGGUGGUGGCGCGCGUGGUGCGCACCGGUUUCGAUACCACCAAGGGCUCGCUGGUGAAGAGCAUCCUCUACCCGGCCCCCGUGGGCCUCAAGUUCUACAAAGACAGCUUCAAAUUCAUAUUCGUUUUGUUCACCGUAGCGGGCGCGGGGAUGGUGUACUGCCUCUAUCUGUACAUAUCGAGAGGGGCCCGACUCGAGCACGUUAUAGUUAGGACGUUGGAUAUUAUAACGAUCGUGGUACCGCCCGCUUUACCCGCCGCAAUGGCUGUGGGUACCGUGUACAGUCAGAAUCGUUUGAAGAAGAUCGGUAUAUUCUGCAUAAGCCCUCCGAGGAUAAACGUGUGCGGGAAAAUCAAGAUAGCCUGCUUCGAUAAGACGGGUACGUUGACGCACGACGGGCUGGAAAUGAGCUCGGUGAUUCCCAGCGAAUCGUCGCGAUUCUGUCCUGAAGUCGCCGACAUAGCCGCCUUGGACGACGACGAUAAAUUGGUGCAAGCGAUGGCGACCUGUCAUUCGUUGACGAGAAUAGACGAGGAGAUCACCGGCGAUCCUUUGGAUAUGAAAAUGUUCGAGUUUACUCGAUGGGAAUUACACGAGGCAGGCGACAACGAAAACGAACGAUUCGACGUGUUAGCUCCGACGUACGUCUCGCCUAAAGCGACAUCUACCGACGAAGAUCUCAUCGAUAUCCAAUUGCCCUACGAGAUCGGCAUCAUCAGGCAAUUCACGUUCUCCUCCACGUUGCAAUGCAUGUCGGUGAUCGGUCGUGAUCUGCGCAAGCCCAAUAUGACGGCGUUCACCAAAGGGGCGCCCGAGAGGGUGAUGGGGAUGUGCUCGGAGCACACCGUACCGCCGGAUUUCGCCGUCAAAUUGUCACAGUACACCGCCCAAGGGUAUCGAGUCAUCGCUUUGGCCUACAAAGAACUGCCCGUCAAGAUGAAAUGGAUGGAGGCGCAGAAGGUUCACAGACACGUGAUAGAGUGCGAUUUGAAUUUUCUCGGGUUCCUGAUCAUGCACAAUCCGCUGAAAAUCGAAACGGCUCCGGUGAUUAAAACGCUCCACAGCGCCAACAUCAGGACGGUCAUGAUAACGGGCGAUAAUAUUUUAACGGCGAUUUCGGUGGCGCACGAUUGCGGUAUGGUGAGGAAAUCCGAUCAGAUAUUCAUAUUGUCGAUGGAGCGAGAUGACGGCGAUUGCUCGCCGAAAAUCAAAUUCGAACGGGCCGGCGGUAAUUUACCCGACGAUUCUGUAACCGUUAAUUUCGGAUACGACCACCAUCACUUCGCCAUCGACGGUAAAACGUGGAACAAAUUGAAAUGCCACUACAAGGACAUGAUACCCAGCCUGCUCGUCAAAACGACCAUAUUCGCCCGAUUCCAGCCGGACCAAAAGACCCAACUGAUAACGAGCCUGCAAGGUUUAGACUACGUGGUAUCGAUGGUGGGAGACGGAGCUAACGAUUGCGGCGCGUUGAAAGCAGCCCACGUGGGUGUGUCGCUGUCGCAGGCGGAGGCCAGCGUCGCGGCGCCCUUCACCUCCGCCAUACCGAACAUAUCGUGUUUGGUGCAUUUGAUGCUGGAGGGAAGGUGCGCUUUGGUUACCAGUUUCGCCAUAUUCAAGUACAUGGCUUUGUACAGUUUGAUACAGUUCUUUACCGUGCUCAUUUUGUAUAAGGAGCAUUCUAUUAUGGGAGAUUACCAGUUUUUGUUUAUAGAUAUGAUAAUAACUACGAGUUUGGCUGUUACUAUAGGAAGGCAAGGUCCCUCGAAUGUAUUGUGCCCGAAACGACCGAUGAGCUCUCUAGUCUCGGCCAAGAACCUGAUACCGCUGGUACUCCAAAUAACCACGUGCGCUUUCGUACAAGUCGGCGCCAUCUACUACCUGUUCCAACAGACGUGGUUCAAGCCGAUACCGAGCGACGCCACCGAGCCGGUGAUCGUCUCCUGGGAGAACACCACCGUGUUCACCAUAUCCUGUUACCAGUACAUCAUCCUGGCCACCAUGUAUUCGAAGGGCAGGCCCUACAGGCGGAUGUUGAUAACGAAUUUUUGGUUUCUGGCGGUCGCGACGGCCCUGACGGGCUUCACCACGUGGCUGAUGGUCUAUCCGUGCCGGUACGUGGCGGAUUUGAUGAAUUUGGUGUACGUGGGGCACGGCUGGAGCGCCGAGAAUCGGUUUAAAUACAGCUUGUUGGCGUUUCCCGUCGUGCAUUUUCUCUUGGCUUUGUUCAUUGAAAUGGGAAUUAGCGAUAGGGAUUGGUUGAAGAAGUUUAUACAAUUUUUGACAUGUAAAUCGGCGCCGAAGAACAAAUACAAGUUGCUGUUGCAACAGAACAGUUACAGAUCGUUGCUGAGCGAAGAUGUUUGAAAUAUUAUUUGUGACUAAAAAUGUUUUAUCGAAUUAAAGCGUGCCUGAAACGAUUUUAGUUAGUUUAUAAGAGUAAAUGUUAUUGAUUUUAUUAUGAAUUUAUUUUUCUGUUAUAUACUAAUAUUUAUUUUUCGAUGUGUUUAUAAUUAUACAAACGUUUGUCAUUAAUAACGUUUCGAAUUUCU